UUAUCUGAUGAAGUGAGGACGGCAGAUGGACGUAGCUGCCCGUAGAUUUCACGGUGGGCCAGACUCUCGGUGUAUUUGAAGAGAUGGGACGAAGUCGCACGUUGUAUGACGCGUCCCUCCUGGGCGCACGUAGGGUCUACUGUCGGGAAUCGGUGUUCAAGCUCAUUUCUGAAGGACAUUCUUGUCCAAAAUUACGGGAGUCUGAAUUUAUUCAUUCGGUGUGGUGUUUGAUUAGGGUGCAUCAGAUUUAGCGAAGCAGGGUUGGGUUUUCUGUGCUGAGUGCUGAGUGGCUGACUUGUACACAAAACUCGGCGGCUGGGGUUUCUUCUUGGCGAGGCGAUUGAGUUUCAGCGAGCUUUUUGAAAGGGUUUUGUCUUGGGUGGAUGAGAGGUAGCGAUGGCCGUUUUGGUUGUACGGCAGAUCAUGGAGUUCCUGCUGGCGCCGUAGAGAAACUUGAGCUUUAGUCCGCAUAGGAGCUCGGAGAAGGGGUGAUGGCGGCGACAGAGUCAUGACGGUGGUACAGUGGAAAUUCGGGAAUUGGGAGUGUGGACAGUGGACAGUCGUAUUGUGUUCUGCUGCUAGAUAGUGGUUGAGGAAAGGCUUUAAGAUGGCUAAUCUGGGGAGAAGAAGGAGGUCGACAGUGGAGAGUGAGCACUGUAGUUUACUUCAAUGUCCAGACGAGAUUCUCGAGAAGAUUGUUGACUUAAUCUCGGAUACGGCAGACAGGAGUGCCAUAUCCCUCGUCUGCAAGAGCUUGAAAGUCCUCGAGGGGCACACACGCGGAGUGGUACUUGUCUCCAACUGCUAUGCAAUUCAGCCGCUGACUUUAAAGGACCGGUUUCCCAACGCAUGGUCCAUCACUAUCAAAGGGAAACCCCGUAUUGUGGAUUUUGCUCUCAUUCCCCAUGCGGAGGUAUGGGGAGCUUACGCCACGCCAUGGAUGGAGAUCCUAGUGAACUUUGACAGGCCCAUCCGGCACCUGAGGAUGAAGCGCAUGACAGUUUCAGAUAGCGACAUCCAGCUCUUGGUGAGUAGGUGCGGGGAGGGUUUGCAGAGGUUGGAGCUGGAGAAGUGCUCUGGAUUUUCGACUUUCGGUUUGGAGAUCAUCGCCCGGGCCUGCCGGAACCUUAUUGAACUGAACAUCUCGGAAUCGGAGAUUCAGAAUGGCGGGCACCGCAGUUGGUUAACAACCCUAGUUAAUACAGCAAAGUCGCUGCAAGUGUUGGACCUUUCUCUCACGGAUGUGGAGCAUGUGGAGCAGUCUGUGCUUGAGAAGUUGGCUGGCCAGUGUCAUACCCUAAAGUUAAGUGCGGCUUUGGAGAUUGAACGCGUCUUGCCUGUUGUGGAAGCUGCAAACCACAGUAUGCGCCACUUGGGCACCAGGUUUUAUUCACAGAACAUCGAAAACCCUCAUCAGAUUGCGGAGGCAUUUGGGAGAUGCAGAGUACUAGAAGGUAUUUCGGCUCCACUGGACCUGGACGAAGGGUCCAUGAUGAUGGUGAUGCCUAUUGCUGGUCGCUUGACUACGUUGGACCUCACCUAUGCUAACCUCGGACAACCUGAGCUCAGUGACCUACUUCGCACAUGCAUAAAUUUGGAGGACUUCCAGUGCACGGAUGUGAUUGGUGACAGAGGACUGCGGGUAAUCGGAACGCACUGCCAAAAGUUGAGAAGGUUGGUCGUUCAACAAGACGCACAGGGCUUUGUUACACAACAUGGGUUGACGGCGGUGGCAAACGGUUGUUUUUUACUGGAGAAGAUCAUUAUUUAUGCGGCAGACAUGACCAAUGCAGCAUUAGAGACUCUUGCAAACAAUUGCCCUGGUCUGAGUGAUAUUCGCAUAUGCCUUGUUCAGAAAUACCAUCCCAGCCAUCCUGUUAUAGAGUUAGAAGGGAACUCUACAUUAAACUUGGGAGUUAGAGCACUUCUGAUGAGAUGUCGAAGGGCACGAAGACUGGCACUCUGCUUCAGCAGAUUUGGCCUCUCAAAUGUGGUGAUCACCGACGAAGGCAUACGCUACAUUGGAGAGUAUGGUGGCAACCUUCACAUCAUCACACUCACCAAUUGCGGCAGCAGUGAUGCAGGUCUUGAAUCCAUAGCCAAAGGGUGUACGAAUCUGCGCAGAUUCGAGCUUCGUCAUUGUCCGUUCGGAGAUAGAAGCAUGGAAUUUCUUGCUACGUCUUGCCAUAGCCUGAAGCAGCUAUGGGUGCAAGCCUGUCAAGUGGAGCUAAACGGGGUGAGAGUUCUAGCUAGGCGGAAAGACCUGGUGGUGGAGGUUGUAAAAGAGAGCACCAACGAGAAUGGCGACCCAAUUCCAUGGCAGUUCAUCGCAUAUGCUUCUGUAGCAUCCCCUCGGAAUGAUCGUCCCGAAAACAUCGACUACGUCCACAGCCAGUAUGACACACCUCUUCGCAGUGAGUACUUCAUGUGCCCCAGCACUGGCGCUGAGUUGAUAGACGACCUCGAGGAUGGGCUGCAAAAUGUUUGAUCAGAUGGGGAAAUAAUGCAAUUACGUGUACCGUGUGCGGCAGUUAAUUAUUCGAUGCAAGGCAUCUUCCUUCGGGAGAUGUUCUUACCCUGGUGUUUCCAAGAAGAUCAGGCCACAUGUUUGUGGGAAAAAUCUUUCUGUCGCACACCAGUAAUCUUCUAGAAUUCAUCACGUUGCUUAUAUCUGUGUGUUGUAUAAAUAUUAGCACUAAGAAAGGUGUUCGGAACCAACUGUUUUCUGAACGGACGUCACGCUGCUCCCAUUGCAAGUAUGAUGCAUGUCCGGAUUUCUUUCUGUCAAUAGAUCCUGUUGUGGCAACGCUGGCAAUCGUGAGACCUCACUGAUUAUUUUGCCGACGCUUUGCAGGAUGCCUCAUUUUUACAGUGCAUGUCAGAUGGGCUAGGUCCUAACUGUACCAUAAAAUAAUAGCUUAUUCAUUUCAUUAUCGUUUUAGGGAGCUGCUCACAUCGGUGGCUUCCAGAUUCCACCACACAGCGUCGCAAAGAUCACUUAGAGUAGCCGAAAUGUUACAUUCUUAGUAUACUGACGUUUCCUUUAAAGCAUCCACCAGCUGCAGUGGCUUGCCUUCCGCAAUGGAACAUUAUGAUGCAGUGCUUUUGAA